AUCGACCAAACAGCCAAACGCGUGACAAUCAAAUUGCCGUACGUUUGGUCCAAGCAACCGUUGCUAUUUGGAAUCUACGAGAAUCCAAACGUGAAAACGGAAGACCAAGUCAGUUUCGCAACAUGAUUCCAGUGGCAGGAAACAUCCAAACGGCGAGGAAAAAUGGUCUUUCACAAAAUUAUCCCUUCCGCAGGGAUGAGGACGAUCGGGAACAGUAUUGUGACCCACUGCCGCCAUCAGAAUAUGAUGAAAAAUUCGCCACUUGCCGAUACGAACGGAAGCUACCACUUUCGAAACGUGAUAUUCAGCGGGAGCAGCUGCGUAAAAACAUAACACAAAUGGUGAUAAAGGAACAUUACGAGACGUUGCGCAGGCAGGAAGCUGAACGAAUGCCACUGAGGAAACAACCGGACUAUUACAUGACACAGGAGGCCACCAGCAGAGAACCCCAGUAUCCUCUCUAUAAGACAGACGAUAUGGUGACAUACUGGAGUUACGGUGCGAGAACCAAUUCAGCGAGAAGGAGGAACACAAGCUUCACCAAGCCAAUUGGCGAGCGGUUGGAUCAACAGUUCGGAUAAAACAAAAAUGAGCGGGUUUUCUAUUCACGAUUUGCUUUGCGUCUAAUUAUUCCUAAAUUGACAAAUAAACUAUAUCUCCCAAAAAAAAUAUCACCAUGUAAGCUCUGUUUCGCCUUGUUUUUUUUUAACCCUUAAGCCUUCUCUUCUGUAGCGGUGGUUGCUCCAGAGGAAACCGAUUGAGCAUCGCUGGAAUGGUCGUCCUGGCAAGAUAGCGCUGGGAACUUCUGGUACAGGGCAGCGCGGUAUUUGGGAUGGCUGAUUCCGUAUACAAUCGGGUUGUACACGGCAUUGGCCUUUGCGAAUAGUGAUCCCCAGAUGGUGGCCAGUGGGCUGAUCGAAGCAGUGCCGAGAACACCGGUGAAGUUGAUCACUAGAUAGGGAGUCCAGGCCAUGAACCACAGGGAGAUGGUGACCAGGGCAACUUUAGCCAGUUUGAUUUCGGCGCUGGUCUGUUGGGCUUCCGAGGAUCGCAGAGAAGCGACGUUCAUCUUCUUGGCCUGUUCGCGCAUGUUCUUUUCAUGUGCGGCUACCGCCUGUAAGAGAAGAUUACUGUUAAGCAAACAUUUCGUUCAAUUCCGACGUUAAUUGCUUUGCUUGCCUUCAGGAUGAAGGUGUAUGAGUAGAUGAUGGUAAGAAGAGGCAUCCAGUACACGAAGAUGGCGUAUACCAGGAUGUACGAGCGGCUCAACCAUUCCUUGUUCAGAUAAUCGGUACCGCAGGCGGUCAUGUUUCCUUCUGGGACAUAUCGGUUCCAUCCGAAGAAUGGAGCCAGAGUCCAGAAAAGAGCAAACGCCCAGAUAGCCAGGAUUCGCAGAAGGGCACCGUUGUUGGUCAGUGGCUUGGCAGAUAAACCUUUCACGAUGACAUUGUAUCGGUCGAACGCAAUCAUAGUCAUGGUCCAGAUCGAGGCACAGCCGAACAGUGAUCCAAACAUUCCGUACAGUUCGCACGCGAAUGGUCCGAAGACCCAGGUCUCAUGAUAGCAGUUGAUCACCAUUGGCGGUCCCAUCGUAAACAUCAUCAGGAAGUCCGAGAAAGCCAAAUUGACCACUAGUAAGUUGGAUGGGGUGCGGAGGCUUCGGGUGGUGGUGAAGAUGUAGACUACGCAACCAUUGCCGAUCAUCGAUACGACACCGAGCACGAAUAUCACGAAUCCAAGAAUCGAGUGCCAUAGCGGGUUCAUCGGUGGGAAUUGAUUCCAGUGCGAAUGAACCAUGUGCAACAUUUCCGGUGGGACCUUGUCCACGACGGUCAUGUUGCCAAUGCCUGACUGCCAGGCAUCAAAAUGAGGCUCACUGAAUGCUGCCAUUUCAAAAAAGUUU